AUGCCAAGCUCAAUCGUACCUGGCCUAGCAGCCAUCGUCUUCGCAAUGUUCUUCCAAGCGUCAAGGAAGAAGAUUGCGCUAUUGCCUGGUAGGGCUAGGGCAGUAGCAUCUUCCCUUCGUCAAUUACCCAAACCCGAUGCUCUUCAACCACGCAGCGUUCUGGUUGAAGCACAUUACAAUCACCCCUUAUCACUCAAAGAGUCCGAAAUCUUGGCCCGGUUGCAGUCAAACCAACAACUUCUGAUCAAGGAGGCUCCAGAUUUAGUGGCUAGAAUCUCGGGGGCAAUUUCGAAAGACCUUGAUAAGCAUGAUUUUAGAGAUGGUUUGAAGAUCACAAAUGAUCUAGACCAUUUCCAGAAAGUCGAAAUGCACAGAUACGCAACAGAGAGCAGGCUCCAGCGCCUAGAGAGCAGCAACCAGCGCCUAGAGCUGGCCGCUGACAAUGCGUUCAAGCAGGAAGUAGCGAUGAAUAGAGCGGAGUUAUACAAGGCGAUCGGUAUAAUCCAAGCUCAGUUAAGGGCUAGGGGCUGGGGAAAGAAAGAUCAGUCAAAUGCCUCGAUUCCGCCAUACAAAGCUCAAUCCCAGACACAACUGUCCCAAACCCAACUGGAAGCCCAGCCUACUGCCUCGAUUCCACCAGACGAAGCUCAACCCCAGACCCAGCUUGAAGCCCAGGCUUUCGCUAUCAGAAACCGGAUUGCACAUGCCUUGCAACUGACGCCAUGCCUUCUUCUCGUCAGCGAAGAGCCAGCUUUGGAAUUGGUUUUCAACGCUUUGUUUGGUCUCUCGUCUAUCGAAGGCAAGGAUCUAUCCCAAUUCGACAACACUAGGAGUUUUCAUGUAGAUAGAAUUCUAUCGCUACAUGCACAGCUAUGGAAGUCCGGACUCGCUAGCGCAUUUAUCAGCCCAUAUCAGCAAUGGUUGGAGGCAAUGCGGUCGCUUCAGCCCAAGCACAAUCCACGCCAGACCGAACCCGCACUCGUCUCUUUCGUGGAAGGGCUUGCGACGGAAGUUUGUGAAAAAGCUGAUGCAGACUUCAAAUCGGCGACUAUACAAAGGCUCGAAAAUCCGGCGACGAUGAAGAAGAUGUUGCGCCAAAUCAGAUCAAAAGGCUUUGUUGACCCAUAUUGCUGGGACAAGAUAGUGUCGGGCUGGGAGGAUAGGGGGCUUUGGCAGAAAGUCGUGGUUGAAUGGAAGUUGUGA